CCCCACUUUGUGUACUGCUUCGGCUGACACGCUGACAGAGUGAGAAAGAGGGACACGUCAGCGCGCGAUGCCAUGGCCAACGGAGACGAGGCGGAUUUGAUGGCCUCUUACGAGUUUUGCGGCCAGUGGCCGCAGCCACCCCUCGAGUUUUACUACCCUGGGCCGAUGACUGUCCCGAUGGUGCCGACCGCAGGACGGCCUUCGCAACCCCCGAUUCCGAUGCCCGUGCAGGUGCCCGUUGGUCACGUCGUACACCAGAUAAUGGAUGAGUCGGGACAGCUUCGACACGUCAUCCUCAGCCCCCAACGCGCCCCCGAACAACGACAGCCCGCGCCUAAUGAAUAUUACCACGCCUAUUACACAAUGGUUCCGCCUAAUGUGUCGAUCCCCCAACCACCCCCACCACGCGCUGCUGAUGAUCGGUACAGGGUGCAGCGGGACAAAAUGAAAAGACGGCUUGAGCAAAGGCAAGGCUGUAGUUCGACCACUCCUGCAACGUCGCCGACAAAAAAAACUCUGCCGAGAAAAACAAAAGAAAUGCCGUCGUCAACACCCCCGGCCUCUCCAGCCUCCCCUGGUUUGCAGUUGAGCAUCUGUGAUGUGGCUCAGACUUCUGCAAACCUCAGCUGGGCGGCUGCGGACACAGCUAGUGUGAGUGGCAGCGAAGACAGUGGAGUAGCAGAACCUCCACCCGAAACUUCCACAACCAUGUACCAACUAAGCAUUGGCAAAAAAGGCAAAGAGCACAAGAUCCUCUACUUUGGCACUGACCUUGGCUUCCAACUGGACAACCUACAUCCUGGUACAGAGUAUAGCAUUCGAUUAGCAGCAGUGUUGGCAGGAGAGGGUGGCUCAGCAUCCUGCACAGAGUACUUGUCCUUCUCGACGCUGCCAGCACCACCCUCGACACCGUCUCAACCCCGUCUAGCCGGUCGAACCAAAACGUCUCUAACUCUUAAGUGGUCGAGCUGUGCGAACGGUGGCGCCCCUUUGACAGCAUACAUUCUAGAAAUGUGCGACGUGGCUGACGGACAGUGGCAACCUAUUUAUAAAGGCCGGGAAAAGCAAUUCACCAUUUCCAAGCUGCAGGCCGGAGCUCCAUACAGCUUCAGGCUGGCGGCAGCAAAUGCUCUGGGCGAGAGCCCCUUCUGCGACCCACAGACCUUCAACACUCAGGAGCCUCUGCCUCCCACUCCGAAUCCUCCACGCCUUGCAGCGCCCGCCCUUCCAGACAGGUUGUUGCUUGAGUGGGACCGCACGGAGGUGGCUGACAUUUACAAAUUGGAGCAGGCAGAAGAGCUAGUGCCCAGCGGCCCUGCGCCCUCGUUCUACUUGGUCUACCAUGGCCCCGAGUGCCGCUUCGAAAGUCAAAGUCUGCAGCCUGCCUCCGCCUACCUCUACCGCUUGAAGGUUGAGGCCAACGGACAGUGCUCGCAGCCGUCACCUCCAGCGCGGCACAUCACAGCGCCGGCGCCUCCUCUUCCUCCGGCACGGCCCCAGCUAAAGGGUCGUUCCCAACCAUUUAGUCUUCGUCUCGUUUGGGUACCUCCUUUGCACACUGGUGGUGCCCCAAUUCUUGCCUACAAACUCCAGAUUGAUCAAGGAAAAGGCUUCCAAGACGUUUGGAGUGGUCCAGGUUGUGAAGCGGUAAUUAAUGAGUUGGCCCCUGGCUACUUGUACCAAGUUCGUGUGGCUGCAAUUAACGCAGCAGGAAUCAGCAAUUACUCCGAGGUGGCACAUCUGACGACGGCAGCCGCUGCCCCCGAGCCCCCAAUAUGGUCACGCAAGCAGCAGCCACCUUCAACCCACGCAGUCACUCUGCAUUGGGAACCCCCUGCCUUUGAUGGAGGGGCCCCUGUGCACCAGUAUGAAGUAGAAGUUGCUGACGAGCAUUCCAGAUGGCAAGCGUACAAAGGAACAGAACCCUUUUGCGUCGCUGCAGGUCUGCAGGCGGCCAACCUUUACCACUUUUACGUAAGAGCGGCCAAUGCAGCAGGCCUUGGUCCUUGGUCAGUCGAGUUGCCCUUGCAGACGGCCGUGGCCCCUCCAGCAGUUCCUGAACCUCCUUCUGUGGAAGUAUCCGAGGACAGAGCUGCAGAAUUUUCCUGGCAGCCCCUGGCAACGGCCGCCACUUACGGCCUCCAACUUGCCCUUCUCGAAGAGCCAUCAUCGGAGCCUCAAUACAAGGAGGAGUAUUCGGGGCAAGAAAGCAGCUGCCAGGUUGUUAACCUGGCUCCAGGAUCAACUUACUUAGCGAGACUGCAAGGUCUCAAUUCGUCAGGAGCAGGCCCGUUUUCUACCCCAGUGGUAUUUUGCACACCAGUGUCAAUUCCUGGAGCAGUGGCUCAUGCGCCACACUGCGCAUCUCUCAAGUCAGACGGCUCUUCAGCCCAACUGGUUGUGACCUUUGAACAGCCUGUCCACUGGGGCGGUGAUUCCCAAGGCCCUCACUCAUUCCAGUUGGAGACAAUCCCCUUCAAUCCUGAACAAAACCCUAUGAAAACAGAAGAGACAACCGUCAAGCUUGACUUGCAACUAGAAAGCACCUACAGGUUGAAAGUCCGAGCUGUGAAUUCCAAAGGUCCAGGUCCUUAUUCUCCGGUACUCAAAAUAACUACGCCUCCUCCUCCUCCUCCUGCCCCUUCUCUUACCCUUUUGGCUGCACAGCCAAGGGCACUGAGACUUGGUUGGGAGUUGGACAAAGACACCAGUAUAAUAUUAGAGAUGAGGCGUUCCGAAUUGCACAAAUUCCAGAUUGUGUACGAAGGCUGCGAAAAAAGGCACAAAGUAACUCAGCUGAAAAAGAACACCGAGUACCAAUUCCAAACAAAAGCUGUUGGGCCGGGAGGCGAAAGUGCGCCCAGUGAAAUUUUCACUUUCCGAACUAAACCUGAGCCCAUCUGCUUGCCUGCUAACCUCAAAUUUGUGGAAACGUCAAGCAGCAGUGUCCUUGUGUCCUGGCAGGCGCCUCCUGAGCACAAAAGCAGACUCCAACUUGGCAACAGUCGACAUGGCCCAUUCACUAUGGUGUAUGAAGGCAUGGAUUGUCAGUACGAGUUAACCAGCAUGACGGUGAACACAGAGUACUGGGUUCGUGCCUCGCUGACACUUGGUAGCGAGGAGGGGGCAUGGACAGCACCCGCAGUUUCAUGCAUUGCAGCCAAGGUUGCGGCAGAGCCGUUGACGCGACCGGCGCAGGCAGCUGCUGCUCCUGCUGUUGAGCGUCGGGCGCGCUCCCGGGCAUUGAGUGAAGAGCAGAAGAAGGCUGCAAUCUUGAUUGCCUUCCUGUUGAUGUCGGUGGUGCUGGCUGUUUUUCUGGCACGCACAGUGACCAUGUGAUUUUCUCCUGCUGCAUUUAUUACCAAAGCCGUCUGUGACGCGCCGCUCUACUUCCAGCGCGCGCAAGUUUCUCGAUUUUUUUCUUUUAAUUUCCAUCGCAUGAUUGAUAAAUGAAUAAAUUAAAACUAAUGAAGUUGAUGUAUUGAUAUAUCGCCUAAGUGUCUUCCAAAAAUUUUAUCGCAUCUAAUCUAAACCAUAUAUGGGAAUGAUGAGAAGCUAAAUUGUACACAGCUAAAAAUUUAAGAGCAUAUUAUAUGAAAAUUAUAUAAAAUAUAUAUUAUAUAUUUGAAAUAAAAAAUACUGAGGUUUUUUUGCAUUUUACCAACUAAGAUGAAUUUUUUUUAAAUUGUUUUAUUUUACUACUAUUUUUCUGACAAAUAAGGUAGUCAAAGAAAUUACCAGAACAACAAUUUUAAUCCUUAGGAGCAAUGUAGCCUUUGUAUUUUUUCUUAUACUUCAGUCCAGUAACAAUUGUAGAACUACCGGGAAAAGCAGAAACACCCCCAAACAUUGUGU